AUUUUAUGUAGGUAAAGUGCUACCUUUGUACAUGUAUUAUAGUUAGGAGCUUAUUUGGUGCAUCGGAAGCUACAAGCUGGCUACAUCUUGCGAUAUCUUUUUUUUAUCCUUUUUAUCUUUAUUAACAGCCGACCUGCAUCCUACGAUAUUCAGUGUAGACAAUCUUACGAAUUAAAAUCGAUUCCUCGCCGUUCCCUCUGCUUAGACCUCCAACGAGUCAAGCGAACGAAUCGUCGUGCGUUUACAGGCUCCUCCGAGCCUCUCGCUUCCUCAUUUAUACGAAUUGGGUUGCGCCGGUGAAUCGCAACUUAUAUUAACUGACGUCUUAUUGUGGACGAUCGGUUUGCUUUUGCAUAGCUAUGAUUUCCCGGUAGCCCUCCGCGAGCUUUGUCAAUAAGCCUUUUUGGCUUCCCUCGCAAUGUUCUCCAACUCAGCAGCUCGCAAGUCUGUUGACAGCUUGCCGCCCUUAUCGCCUAACGCCAAAUCCGAAUUUCCUUUCCAUCGACAAGGUUCGGCUUCGUCCCAUCCAACGGCACGAAGAGGCUCGACCGCAAGCUCAAUUCAUUCCAUCGGCGGUCAUCUCGACACAUCGGGCGGUUGGUCCCAAACGGUUCACGAGACGGGACAAAAUGCUAUAUCUACUCUGCUCCAACCACCGAUAGUACGAACCGGCUUAGUACCGCAUACGUCUGCUCCUGCUUCUAGCGCACACAAGCCACCUACCGCUCGAGAUAUACCGCCGGUCACGUUAACGAACAUACCUCGCGUAGAUCCCGACGAAUUCAAACCCUACCUAACUCAGGUUGGGGCCCUAUAUGAACAGUUAAGACGAAUAAAAGAAAGCGAUGACGAUGGCAGUGACCAUGUUUUUGGGCGCGGUAGGACAGACGAAUUUGGGGGUUUCGCAGAUAACGGGCAUCUAAAACCAGGCAGCCGGCCGUCUAGUUCGCGGAAGGUAUCAUCGGCAUCAUCAACAAGAUCCAUGUCCCCUAUUGAAUCCCCAUCAGUACGCCCACUACGUCGAAGGUCUAGUUCGGGUUUUAGUCGAAAGGGCGCAACUCAAGGACCACCCCCGUUAUCCACUAUUCCGAACGUCUACUUCGACGAUGAUUUCCAUCUAGAGAAUCCCCGUACAUUUGAUGUCGUUAGCGAACGAUCCGAGGUUGUGCGGCCACAGCCUGGUUCCGUAGAGGAGAAGAAUGCAGCCAAUGGGAAUGCGCCGGCUCCCCGAAAGGCUCUUGCUACAAACGCGAUAUUACAAGAAAAAUUGUCCUGGUAUAUGGAUACAAUUGAAAUGCAUCUAAUUUCUUCUAUUUCAACGGCUUCUACAACAUUCUUUACGGCCUUAGGGUCACUUAGAGAGUUACAUUCUGAAGCUGCGGAAUCGGUUGAAAGGAUAAAAACGCUACGGCAAGAGCUUGAGACUCUCGAUCGUGAGAUUGCGACUAGUGGGUUAGAGGUGGUACAAAAACAACGGCGGCGCGAGAAUCUACAGCAGCUCAAUGACGCUGUCAAACAAUUAAAAGAGAUCGUCGAAUCGGUCGCAACAUGCGAAGCCCUGGUCGAUUCAGGGGAAGUCGAAAAGGCAUUGAGUAGCAUCGACUCCCUGGAAAAACUGAUUGCCGGCGAACGGAUAACCGCAUCGGGCAAGAUUGAGAACCAAUACCCCCAUCUACUUGAUCUCAGAGAUGUCGUCGCACUUCAGGGUGUGAACGGCGAUAUCUCUACUUUGCGAUUCCGCAUCGGUAAAGCGUUUGAGUCGAAGUUUAUCGACGUGUUACUAGCAGAUCUAAGGCAUCACGUCGAUACCGUCUCCACUUCGGACGUACUACUUAGAUGGAGUAGUUCAUCAAUGCGAUCUCGUGGAACGCAUAGCAGAGAAUCAACCGCGUAUCCGGCUUAUUUGGCCGCAACCGAAGAUCUCCGCUCUCAACUUCUUCCAAUAUUAGAUGGGCUGCACCGCUCGAAGCACGUCACGAUUGCUAUUGCAUCAUAUAGAGAGGUGGUAAUGCGAGAAAUCCGAAUACUCGUUAAACGGCCACUUCCGACAUCCAACGACGAUGAUAACGAAUCAAUGAUGUCUGCAUCUACAAUGAAUUCAAAACGUCUAACUCAAGGAGAGAAGUCUUCCAUCCUUGCACGAAAUCUUCGAGCACUCGAUGAGCAAGAUGCCGAGGCUCUCUUUGUCAAAAUAUAUAUCAGCGUUACAGAAACAUUACGAAGACUGGGUACACAGAUGAAGGUGUUGUUUGAUGUUGCGAGCUCUAUAGGAGAGCAACCGGCUAUUGAGGGCCUAAAGUCGCCGAAUCCUCUAAAAUCACCACCUCUCAAUAGCGUAAAUCGCGAUUUACAGGAAGAUAUUCACCUAACUAUGGACAUGGCAAAUCUUCUAGGUCAAGCAGUUGAUACUUCUCAGGACAGGAUUGUUAAGAUUCUCCGUGUCCGAUCCGACCAAAGCUCUCAUUUGCCCUUGGUAUGGUUCUUGCGAUACUUUACACUCAAUUUGUAUUUUGCAAAUGAGUGCGAAGCCAUAUCUGGCCGGAGUGGGACAUCCUUGAAGAACAUUGUCAAUUCCCAGAUUAAAGAUUUCAUCCAAUCACAUGGUGAUGCAGAGAAACAAAAACUGGCUCAAGGCAUGGAAUCUGACCAAUGGAGUGCCAAGGACUUCACAGAGGAAAAUACCACAUUGCUUAAUCGCAUAUUGGAAUGCAGCACGAAGGAUAGCGCCGCCUGGCUAGAAGGAAGCCAAAUCUGGCAACCAUUCUCAGAAGCAGAAGAUAAAGGAAAAUCUGGCGGACGACCGAGAGCUGAAUCUAACGGAGCAACUAAGGAGAAAACGCGAAGCGCGAUUAUAGAUGGAGAGCCGUUCAUAUUACCAAACUCGGCAAUAUUAUGCCUAGAAGGAAUGUCCCACUUCUUACAUUUGAUAUCCGGGAUCCCUUCCAUGGCUUCGGAUGUGUCGAGUUCUCUAAUUGCGUACUUACAAUUGUUCAACUCUCGAUGCACGCAACUUAUCCUUGGUGCUGGUGCUACUAAAUCAGCCGGUCUCAAGAACAUCACAACAAGGCAUUUAGCACUUGCUUCGCAAGCUUUAGCAUUCAUUUCCACGCUUAUCCCACACGUUCGCGAAUUUGUCCGGCGACAUGCAGGUUCGGGUCCUAACGUCAAUAACGCUAACGUGGCUGGUCUUAUGGGAGAAUUUGACAAGGUCAAACGCCUCUUCCAAGAACAUCAAAACAGCAUCUAUGAUAAGCUUGUCGAAAUAAUGAGUGGACGAGCCUCGGCACAUGCUAAGAGCAUGAAGACGCUUAACUGGGACCAGCAAACGGAGGCGACAGUGAACCUAUAUAUGGAGACGCUAGUAAAGGAAACGGUCACUUUACAUAGGGUCCUUACGAAACAUCUACCGGAGGGUACUGUGAGGCUGAUCAUGACGCCUGUUUUUGAUAGCUAUCAGAGCCAGUUGGGUAAGGCGUUACAAAGCUUAGAACCUCAGACCGAGACGGGAGUUAAGCGAAUGAGAUCGGAUAUCGAAUAUCUCACCGCCCGUCUAGGCAAGAUAGAUGGCUUCGGCGAAACCGGAGAUAAUCUAUUGUCUAUCAUUAACUCCAAGAAAGUCGAGCAAAAACAAGAACCUCCCGCGCCAGACAGUAGCACAGAGCCCGCUAAGAAGGAUAGCGAAGACUCGAAGGAACAGAGCAGCAAUGCAGAAGAAGCAUCGAAGGAGGAGUCUAAGGAGAAAGAAGAGAAGGCGGAAAGCAAAUAGGGGAAAGGCGAUGCAUUGUGAGAUUUUGAUUUUUGUGUUUGUUACGUAUGUACAUUGGCUCGUUUGCGGCAUCGAAGCAGGCGUUUUUUUCUUGUCUUGUAGAAAGAAAGGGAACGAGGAAUACAGUACUGAGAUGAGAUUUUUUUGCUGCAUUGGACAUUGCUAUGAGUGAAUGUGUUCCGCCCGUCAAUACCUAAGCGGCGCUACCUCAGAUACCGGACCACACUCCGAUACAAUGCCCAUCAAAAGACCUUCAUGAUUCAUAGACCGCGCUGCCACGGUCUAGAUG